UUUCGAGUGGGAAGGUUGUGUGGUGGUAGAUUACUCUCACAACAUUGGAUAACUUACCAUAUAUAUGCUCUUGUUGCUGUGUUAGUGUGUCUGUCAGUGCUGUAACACCAGAAGGAUACGAUUGGGAGUAAGGAAAGACGAUUAGAUGGGGGAUAUUUCUGUGAAGAAGUGAUUGGAUGUAAAGGAGAUAUUCAAGACGAAAUUCAGGCAUGAAGGCGGCGUCGCUAGCGGGGAUGAUGGUGGUGGUGGUGAUGGUGACAGUGACGAUGAUGGUGGGGAUGGUGAAGGGCCUCGUGCCGUGUGUAGAAGUCAGCGACAGACUCACCCUCCCUUGCCUCUGCGACACGCAGGACCUCAAUAUCUCCAUCAACUGCGACAACGUGGCCUUUCCGGGAGACUUCCCUCUCUUGCCCUUCAAGAUGAACAUCGUAGAGUUCACCCAGAGGAACGCCGGCAUACAGGCCUUGAGAGGUCAGCUGUUCACCGCAUCUGACCUGCCUCUCAGAAAGGUGGACUUCUCGAGGAAUGGGAUCCGGCGACUGACCAAGGACGUGCUGGAGGGCCUGGAGAACCACCUGCUCGAGCUCAACCUCGACCAUAACCUCCUUGGGAGCAACUACAACCCCGUCUUCGCCUCCCCCGAGAUCGCCAAGCUUACUGCCCUUCAAACACUUAAUCUAGGGUACAACCACAUCCGGGAAGUUGACACAGGACUCCUGACCUCUCUAAAAGACCUGGAGGUCCUACACUUGGAGGGCAACAGCCUCCUGACGAUGCCCUCUGCUCCCCUCCGCGGCCUCCAGAGCCUCAAGGUCCUCACUCUCCAGGAGAAUGACAUUGAGACGAUCAAGAAGUCCUCGCUGGCAGAGGUGGCGUACCUCGUGUUCCUCAACGUCUCACACAACCGACUGGUCAACAUCGAAGACGAUGCCUUCAUCGAACUCACCGAACUGGCUACCCUCGACCUCUCCUUCAACAGACUCUCUGGUCUGCGUGGCGGCGCUCUCAGGGGCCUAGCCAAGCUGGAGGAGCUGGACUUGUCCUCAAACUUCCUGCCAGAAAUACCAGCCAACGCCCUCAAGGACCUAACCAAGCUAAGAACUCUGGUUCUUCACGAUAACCUUAUCCAAACCUUAGGGGGCGUGGUGGCUCUGGGGCCCAUGGUGAGCCUGGAGCAGUUAGAUCUGACGAGGAACAACAUCGGGGAGCUUCCUACAGGCACCUUCAGGCAACUCUCCGGUCUCAAGUCCCUAAUGCUCGGCGUGAACUCCAUCAGGAAGGUGGAGGAGGACGCGUUCGAGGGACUCACGUCGCUGGAGACCCUUCAGCUGGACGACGACAACAUUCUGGCUAUACCCUGGACGGCUCUGGCCAAGGUGCGGACACUGACGUUCCUGAGCUUGGACUACAACCGUGUCGGGGUCAUCUCCGCUACCAGCCUCCAGACCGUCAUCGGUCUUUUCCGCCUCUCCAUCGCUCACAACAUCAUCAGGGAGCUGCCUCAGGGAACCUUCUCUAACUUCACAGACCUGGAAAGCUUGAAUCUUUACGGGAACCAGCUCCAGAACCUCGUUCCGGAAAGCUUAAUUGGUCUGCGAGAUAGUUUAAAAGAACUCAAUCUGGGUCUGAAUCUCCUGAGCGAGCUCCCACAGUUCGACUUUCCUCUGCUGAACACUCUCGUCUUGUCGAAGAAUAACAUUACCAGUCUGCCGUCGGAUGCCUUCGUCCUUCUACCGGAGCUGAAGAUGUUGGAUCUGAGCGAAAAUCACUUGUCCUCCCUUCCUGUCACUCUACUCCAUCCGGUGAAAAAGCUUUCAACCCUCGAUCUCAGUUUGAACCAAAUUGCAGAGAUUAGGCCGGGGCAGUUCAACGAGUCCUUCAUCAAUGUCAUUAACCUUCAGCACAAUGAGAUUAAAGAGAUUCCGAGUGAAGCCUUCAAGGACCUCCUCUUCCUCCACACUCUGGACCUCAGUUACAACACCAUCAGGAGUAUCAGCGACGCAGCCUUCCUCAAUAUCGCUCUCUUGCACAUCCUUCGCCUCAACAAUAACAUGCUGCCAUCCUUCAAAAAAGAGUACUUCAAACUUACCAUUCCAGCCGAAGAAACAGAGUUAAGGAUUCUGGAUUUGAGCCACAAUGACAUUACUUUCCUCCAGCCGCUAGCAUUCCAACUCCACUCCAAGCUCAACUGGCUCAGUUUGUCUCACAACCGUCUGUCUUUCUUCCAGCCGGAGAUUGUCCGUGACCUGGCCGACCUGGAACACCUGGACGUUGAGAGCAACCAGAUCAAAACUCUGGAAAGUAAUGACUUCUCCAACGCUCCACACCUCCGGGAGCUCAACUUACGGAACAAUGUGAUAGAGUCAGUGGCCGAGACCGCUUUCCAAAACUCGACCCAGCUCCAGACCCUCGAUCUGAGCCACAACAAAAUUGCGGAACUGCCGGAAAACGUAUUUUUGGGAAUCGCUCGGCUUCACCUGGAUCUGAGUCACAACAAGCUGUCCACCCUCCCGGAAAUGAUCUUCCAGAGAACUAAAAUCCAGAAGCUUCAAUCGGUGAAUCUGGCUCAUAACAGAUUUGAACAAGUGCCCGUGAAUACUCUCCGCCAACAGUACUUCUUCCUCAGUGACCUCAACAUGGCCCACAACAAGAUCACUAACGUGCCAAGCAACGCUGAUAUUCUGGUAAACAUUAAGACGUUGGACUUGUCGUACAACCCACUGACUCCAGAAGCUAUUUAUAUCUUGUUGAAUGAACCCAAGACAGUCCGACGCCUUAACCUUGCAGGCACCAACGUCACAGAUGUUCCAGUCAUCGAAGCACGCUUCCUCAUUUAUCUCAAUCUUUCUGACAACAAUAUUAUUGAAGUUAAAGAAUCAUCCUUUGAACUGACUCAGAACCUGCAAGAGUUAGACAUAUCUAAAAACCAGAUACCCAACCUGAGCUACGGGCUCGCUGUGGCCUGGCCCAAGAUCCCAGACCUCCGCAAGCUGGACAUCUCACACAACCCUCUGGCUUAUAUUGUCCGUGGCGACUUCAACUACCUGAGUAAUCUUGAAGUUCUGCGGGCCGCUUAUCUUCCCCGCGCGAACAGAGUCGAACGUCUGGCUCUGAGUCCUCUUCGUUCCCUGAGAGAGGUGUACCUACACACACUGCCUGUGCUCGCGGUUCUGGACGUGCGAGGCAUCUUGGAGGGUCAUCCAGGCCUCGAGGUGGUGGACAUUGAUUUAACUGACAGAGAGGUUCAUGACCAACUUCAUCCUGCCUUCUAUCCUCGCCUCAGGAGUCUCACUGUUCGAGGAAGUUCGGUGGAGGCUCUCUCUGGAGGGGCGUUUGCUGGAAUCAACAGUCCUGAUCUAACAAUUGGCCUUGUGAACACUAGCGUGAGUAAUCUUCGCUCUAACGUAUUUUUCCCUGUGCCAAUGUCUUCCAGGAUAUUGCUAGAUAUAUCAGAGUCGAAAAUUACCUCUUUGAGCCCUCAGUUCCUCAGUAUUCUCGACUCACGCCAGCGUCACCUCCGUCUCACUGGCCUGGGUUCCAACCCUCUCUUCUGUGACUGCAACAUCAGAACUCUCCGACGGUGGCUGGUGGGACAUGGACCCCGAGACAGCCUCUACAACGUGACAUGUAGUGCACCAGCCAAUCUAAAGGGUGUGGUGCUCACCACAUUGAGUGAAGCUGAGCUGACGUGUGAGGGGCGCCCCACCACCACCACCACAGACCCUCCUCUCUUCACCACAACCAAGCGUCGACCAACAACAACAGACAACAUAAUCACGUUCGACGACAUGACCGGACGACCCAGUGAUGAACUGAAUGAACUCGAUGGCGCCAGCUCUCCUUCUCCUGCAACUAACGGUCUCACCAACAUGGAUAACAUUAUCAUCGGCAUCGUGGGUGGUGUGGUGGCCUUCGUUGCAUUACUGAUCAUAAUUAUCUGCCUAAUCCGUCUCCGCUCUGACUCCCAGUACCGCGGAGGCCCUCUGGCGGGACCCUUGGCCAUGAGAAAUCAUGGCAACUGCACCUGUCUAAAGCCACCACCUCCCCCGGGCACCUGGGGAGGCUACCCUGGAGCGUACCCAACACUGCCUCCACCACCAUCCUCCCGUGCAGGGACACUCAAGAUGUUGCCCCCGCCCACCACGCCCAUACCUCCUCCCUACGGCACUCUUGGUGCCACCAGCGGGCGUGGCUACUACCCAAACACUCCUUACUACCUUGGCUAUCCCCCGGAAAGUGACCAUGGAGAACACCGGUAGGCCCGGCUAGCAUAGCAUUCUUAUUCUUUACCUUCUUCUAAACUCCCCAUUCCUGACUAUGAUGCUCCUCAAUCAGUCUUGGUUGAGAUGUGCCAUUCUCUGUUGCCUUUUAGGUGUGCCCCACGUGUACCCGAGAAAAGCUUGCUCACCCUACACACCAGUUAGCACCUUGUAUCAGAUGAAGCAACUGCAACCUAAUCAUAUCUUUAAGUUACCGCUAGUUUCAUACCGUUUUCUUCCUCUACCCACUCUCAUCCAAAAAGGAAUAACUUAUGUAAAUAAAUAGAUUAGCCAUUUUUUUUAACUCUUAGCAUUAACCUAUUACAUAUAUUUAUGUAUAUAUGGUUGUUAUAUAUGUGCCUAGACUCAAUUAGGUUAUCAAUUAUCUACGUUGUAUACAUAACCUGUAUACAUAAUAUAAAGUACAUGUAUAUGCAUGAAUUUACUUGUGAAUUGUGUUAACGUUAGUAAGCCGUCCCAUAUGUUCCGCCUCAGCCAAUGUCUGUGUGCUAACCAAUUGCGAGUGUUUCACCAGCGUAGUUCUGUAUGUAUGUAAACAUAUGAUUUGCCUCCAAAAUUCAACGAAUCCCGUCCAUAAGGGAUAUGCUUAAGCCAGUGAGUAAGGGAAUACCUUGCAAUAAUGGGCGAGGAACGCCCUUAUAUCACAGGCAAAGAGGCCUUGAAAUCAUAUGUAAACAUAUGAUUUGCCUCCAAAAUUCAACGAAUCCCCUCCAUAAGGGAUAUGCUUAAGCCAGUGAGUAAGGGAACACCUUGCAAUAAUGGGCGAGGAACGCCCUUACAUCACAGGCAAAGAGGAUAGACGCCCUAUUUGUGUUCUUGUCUGUGAGGUGUUUUUUGUUUUGUUUACAAUAAUCUGGCGGAAGUACAAAGUGCCGUAUAUCAGCAACUUUCAUUAAAGCUUCAUAAAUGAUUUUUCAGCACUGAGCAAUACCACAGGGAGUACGUUGUUCCCACAGAGGAUUGCAAAUAACAAUGCUCACAGAGGAUUAUAAGUAACAAUGCUCACAGAGGAUUAUAAGUAACAAUGCUCACAGAGUAAUGUUAGCAACCAUGCUUACAUGCUAUGGUUAGUCACUCUUAAUAACAUUUUAAUUGGUUUGUUGUUGGGCUUAAGGCCUAUCAACCUCUGGAAGGUUACUAAGGCAACAAGAUUUUACUGACCAACCAGCAGCAAUACUUUAAUUCUGAAAUAAGUUCAGGACUAACGAAUAUUCUCAGUAUACAUUAAAAAUUCAGAAUAACUCUUUCAGCUUACAAUGAAAAAAUGACGAAAUAAUUUAUAUAUAUGUUACAAUACUGACAACUCUAGUUAAUUAUAACUUAAUUUAUGUUAUUUUCAAAAAAAUUAUAUUUAAACCUCCAAGUAUAUAUUGGAAAACAAACUGGAAGUAUUUUGUUAAAUUCUUUAUGGGAAAUAUACUUUGGAAACUCCCAGCUACAGUGUGCAUUGUACUUUAUAAUCCAAUGAAGGGAGUUUCAGUUUACAUUAUUGCCUGGGAAAGUGAAAUAGGACAAGAGUUUUAAAUUUGUAUACAUGUUGAUGUAAUCGAAUUGUUGGAUGCAAAGGGUAAAUAUGAGAAUAUGAUGCCUUGUCUUGUGUCAAGUCCUCUUGUGUCAUGUCUUGUGUCAAGUGCACUUGUGUCAUGUCUUGUGUCAUGUACGCGUGUGACGAGCCAAUACUCUUGUAAGACACAUAUACAAAAUCAAUUAACAUACAAUUGUGAGAUGUAAUUGUAUGCUGUCAUGUUAUUAUACUGUUCAAAUCUUUAAAUAAAUGUAUAAAUUAUUGUUUAUCGAAUUUUUCACAAAUAAUUUACUCUCCCCAUCUACUCUGUAAACUCCUCGUCUACUCUGUGAUCUUUGUGCUAAGGUCUAUAACGUUUUUAUAUUUAGUAAUAAAUAUUCGAACAUGU